AUGUACUUUUGAGGACCUCUCAAGCAAGACUUCCAGAGACGCUUGUGGACAUACUUUGUUGAGGACACCUGUCAGGAAGAGGCAUGGCAACGGCUGGGUUUCAGAUCCUGGGAAUUGCCCUGGCCAUCAUCGGAUGGAUCGGGGCCAUUGUUACGUGCGUUGUUCCCCAGUGGCGGGUGACGGCCUUCAUCGGACAGAACAUCGUCACGGCUCAGACCACCUGGCAGGGCAUUUGGAUGGAGUGCGUGGUUCAGAGCACGGGCCAGAUGCAGUGCAAGGUUUACGACUCCAUGCUGGCGCUUUCGCAGGACCUGCAGGCGGCCCGAGCCCUCAUGAUCAUCUCCAUCCUGACCGGCAUCUUCGCCAUCUUCCUGGGCAUCGCCGGAGGCAAGUGCACCAACUGCGUGGAGGACGAGAGAACCAAAGCCAAGGUCUGCGUGGCGGCCGGAGUCACCUUCAUCAUUUCCGGCGUUCUGUGCCUCAUCCCCGUUUGCUGGACGGCCAAUUCCGUCGUGAGAGAGUUCUACGACCCGAUGCUGUCGAGCGCACAGAAGCGAGAGCUCGGGGCGUCGCUCUUCAUCGGUUGGGGCGCCUCUGCCCUCCUCAUCCUGGGUGGGGGGCUCCUCUGUGCCAACUGUCCCCCCAAAGACAACUACUCGGCCAAGUACUCAGCUCCCCGCUCCACCGCACCCAAAGACUACGUCUGAGGGACACCCGAGGGACAGACUGGACCCAGACACUCUGCGGUUCAUAGGAUUGUUGGUGGUUAAACAUGUUUGUGAUCAGACGUUAGUUUGAUGAGUCUCAUCAGGAGGAACCGAUGUGAGCCGCACCCAAACCCAACGGCUGCGUCAGACAGUGAUCGAUGAGCGGGAGAGGAAAAUGUUUCUGGGA